UGUAGGCCUAUAGUCGUCUGACGCACCAAUGACUAUCGUCGUGCUCAAAAUAAUGUUGUAGGCCUAUUAAACGCAUAGUUCGGUUACAUCUUGAGGGAGCACGCCGGAGAAAAGUGCUCCGUUUGGGUUUAAUUUUUCUUCAAAAAUAGCUUGAAAUCAAACGUGUUAUUUGAUGACGUAACUUCAAAAUCAAUACAGAACGAGCAUUUUAACAAGUCUUCGAAUAACACCUUGACGUCUUAACACAGUUGACAACACCUCAAAUCACGGGCUUGCAGCUAUAGAGUAAGGAUGCCCCCGAAAACCCGACUAUUGGUCAUGUUGGUGUUUGUCCUGUUGAAAGUCACAAAGUUUCUGCGUGUCGGAGCUCAUCCCAACGAAACAUUACAGAACAAUUCAACCUUGCAUGACUUGGGUCAACAUACUCCGCUAUCAUCUGAUCUUGAUCCCUUUCAAAUUAAUCAAACCGAUACAUUCAGCAAGGGAUCUGAGGAAUAUCUACCAACGACGAGCGAUGCGACGCAGUUGGUCACAAAUGAAGGAUGGGAAUGGUGGACUUACGAAAUGACAACGGAUCCUACUAAGGGUCUGUUAACCAAAUCUCAAGGAGUAUGGAAUGAAAACAGUGCGGGUAGCAUGGGGUUUUCGUGGUACUCAAUCAAUUGGUCUUGGGUAAUCAUCCUACAGCUCCUCUCUGCAGUCGUUGGCAUCAUUGGUAAUUUCCUGGUUAUCAUUGUUUUAUUUAAGCGUCGUCAGCGGAGCAGAUCAACGGAUACCUUGAUAACUGGCCUGGCAUGCGCAGACUUCUUAACUUCGGUGUUCCUCGUACCUAUCCCGAUGCCAGCGUACAUUCCGAAAAACUGGAUAGGUGAGAUCUAUUGUAGAGUUAUCAUCACACAAAGCUUACUUUGGGCAUCCAUAAUGGCUUCAACAUACCUGUUGAUGUCUAUAUCUGUUGAAAGAUAUAUCGCAGUUGUCUACCCUCUUCAUUUUAAACGCUUGAUCACUCGACGUCGUGUCUCAAUUUUCAUCGUCAUCAUUUGGUUCCUCUCUAUCUUGUCUGGACUAUUUGCUUUCAUCGUUUACGGUGUAGACGCCGAAACGAACCAGUGUGCCGAGCAAUAUACAUUCGACAACGCACAAACUAUAAUUGCCUACUACUGGUUCUGCCUUCGUCUAGCUCUUCCUUGUCUUACCAUGCUCGUUACCCAGGUUCUCAUCGCUCGUAACCUCAGUCAACAGUUCCGCAUCUUCAAAGACGUUAACAAUGCUACAAACAUGACGAAAGGAAGCCAAGCGCCAUCAUUUCACAUCGUGGCAAGAAACCGCGUUUUGAAGCUGAUGUUGAUUGUCAUCAUAAUCUACAUCGUGUGCUGGACACCAAACCAGAUUGCCUUUCUUGGUUACAACCUUGGAUGGGUUCCGGAAUCUUAUCUGAACAGUACCCUUCAUCGAUUUCUUACCUUGCUUGGAUUCUAUAACUCUUGUGCUAAUCCAGUCAUUUACACAGCAAGGUAUCCUGAAUUCAGGAAUGCUCUCAAAGACAUAUUCACCUGCACUUCUGGCAAAAACGAUCCUUUGUUUGAAAAGGUGUCGUAAAGCACUUCGAAUACAAAUUCUGACUUGGAAGUUUGAGGAUUUAGCGUGCCG